CCUAGACUCUCAUAUAAAAGCACGGGACCAGGCCAAGGCCUCUCCGUGCUCUGGAAUCAGCUCUCCUCAUACCUCCUCCCGAAACCCUUCGAACGCCUCUCCUCCUCCACCCGGUAACUUCAUCAGCCUCCCUUCCCCCCCUCCUCCUCCUCGGUCGUCAUGGCACCCAAGAAAGCGGAACCGAAGAAGUUCGAGCCCAAGAAGCCUGAGCCCAAGGCGGCAGCGGCUCCGCCCGCGCCAAAGGCGGCUCCGGCGCCGGAGCCGGAGCCGGAGCCCCCAAAGGAGCCCGACUUCGACCCCAAGAGCAUCACGCUGGAGUUCAGCGGCGACCAGAUCGAGGAGUUCAAGGAGGCCUUCACCCUGUUCGACCGCACGCCUAAAGGCGAGAUGAAGAUCACGUACGCCCAGUGCGGCGACGUCAUGCGCGCCCUGGGCCAGAACCCAACCAACGCCGACGUGCUCAAGGUGCUGGGCAAGCCGCGGCCCGAGGAGAUGAGCAGCAAGCUGGUGGACUUUGAGACCUUCCUGCCCAUGCUGCAGCACAUCUCCCGCUCCAAGGACCAGGGCAACUUUGAGGACUUUGUGGAGGGCCUGCGGGUGUUCGACAAGGAAGGCAACGGCACCAUCAUGGGGGCGGAGCUGAGGCACGUGUUGGCCACGCUGGGCGAGCGCAUGACGGAGGACGAGGUGGACCGGCUGAUGGCAGGACAGGAAGACGCCAACGGGUGCAUCAACUACGCCUCCUUCGUCAAGCACAUUCUCUCCGGGUGAGGCCCGUUAAGGGGGAGAGAUGGGGGAGAGAGGGAGACACCCAUUAGGACUGUGAUGGAAAGAAAGAAAAGCUCCUCUAUUCUGGAUCAUUGUUUUUUGCUCUUUUUUCGAUGUUUUGUUGUUCAGGAAGGUGAGCGUUUUUUUCCAACAUUGGCCGAUAUGCUUUCCACUACAAAAUGGCUUGUCCCCAAAGAGAAAUGAUAAAAAUGUUAAAAAAAACGAUGUGUACACAGAGAGACAACCAAUACAAUGAAAUGCUGCGGAGAUGACAGAAGUCGAUAUGACAUGAAUAAACAAUGUGUAAUUACUGACUGCCUCGUACCUUGUUAUUUUGAGAGUCUGAGUUUAAGGGAAAAACAACUGACAAACACCACUACUAUGAUGCCGUCGCAAUACAAUACCAGUUGCUUCUCUCUGGUAUAUUAGCUCCGACAAGGAGGGUGGUGUUUGCUUGUUCCUCCCAUGUGAAAAUAACAUACCUCGGGCAACUGUUUCAAUACCAACAAAUGUCAUGCACUCAUUUGAGGCAUUGGACGCACACUGCUCUCUUCAUGAAGACUUCCACACCCAUUACAUGUGUGGCAUUGUAUCAAGCAACACAUUGCUCAAAGAACUCUGUUUAAGAGCUGCUACAUAGUGUAGAACGGAAUUGUUUUCUUAGCUUCUCUUCCUAAAUGUAUAGGAAUUCUACAACCCUAACACUUUCUCUCUCGAACCAUAUCCUGCGUGAGACUGCUUUAAUUUAAAUCUGAACUUUACAAUGUAGUGAUAACAUUUUAAUGAAUUGAGUGCAUCUUUUCUUUUGCCCUUUUGUGUAUGCAUCAGUAAGUUUGAACAUAGCUGUACGCUGUCUGUGUUUGUGGGUGUGCGCUUUUGAAACGAGGGAGGACAAAGUGGAGAGAGAUGCCUGGAUAAUACAAGUUCUUCCAUAAUUAAUAAACAUUGAUUUU